GCUUCCGCGGCGAGGAGCACAGUUGGUAGCUGCAGCGUCUGUUCAACGGAGGUCGAGUGUACCGGACUUGUACAGAGCCAAGGUUGCAGCAUCACCUACUUGCCUGCCUGGUCCCCUGCCCGCUGUGCCUGCUGAUAGUCAUGCCUCGGGGACAGAAGAGCAAGCUCCGUGCACGUGAGAAACGCCGCCAAGCACGCAUGGAGACCAAGGAUCUCGGGGAUGCUCAGGCUGCUGCCUCCCCCACCCCUACUUCUGGGAGUACACCCCCGGGCUCCCCCACUGCUGGUGCGGGCCAGAAUCCUCAGGGAGCUGCAGCCACUAGCUCUCCUGUUGCAGGGGCUUCAUGCCCAAGAUCUAAAGCACAUGCCAGGCGCCAAGCUAAGCAACGUAGAAAUUCUUCCCAGGUCUCAAUCUUUUCUAAGCCCGCUCCCCCAGAUCCUCUGACCAAGAAGGCAGGGGUGUUGAUGCAUUUCAUGCUAGAGAAGUUUAAGAUGCAAGAGCCCAUUAAGAAGAUAGAUAUGCUGAAGGUUGUCCACAAAAUGUUCAAGGCACACUUCCCCGAGAUCCUGAAGAAAGCUGCUGAGCGCAUCGAGCUGAUAUUUGGCCUUGAAUUGAAGGAAGUCAAGCCGAAUGGUCACUCCUAUACCCUGGUCUGCAAGGAGGACCUUGCCAAAGAUGGGGUGCUGGGCAGUACCUUGGAGGUGCCGAAGAAUGGGCUUCUGAUGCCUCUGCUGAGUGUGAUCUUCCUGAAUGGCAAUUCCGCCUCUGAGGCAGAGGUCUGGGAGUUCCUGAAUAUUCUUGGCAUCUAUGAUGGGAAUGCCCACAUAAUCUUUGGGGAGCCCAGGAAGUUCAUCACUGAAGAGUUGGUGCAGGAGAAGUACCUGAUAUAUCGUCAGAUUCCUGACAGCGAUCCCCCGAGCUGUGAGUUUGUGUGGGGCCCAAGAGCCCACGCCGAAACAACCAAGAUGAAGGUGCUGGAGUUUGUGGCCAAGAUCAAUAAUACCGUCCCCAGUGCUUUCCCAUUCCAUUAUGAAGAGGCUUUGAGAGAUGAGGAAGAGAGAGCCAAAGCCAGAUCUGCAGCCAGGGCUCGUGGUGCUGCUAAGGCCAUUGCCCACUCCAAGGCCCCACCCAGCAAUCCGUCCAGCCCCCAGUGAGGUCUCAGGCAGCGUCUUCGCUUUGUUUGACCAAUACUGCCAACCUUUUUAGUAGUGAGAGGAUAAAGUGGGGCUGGAAAGGUCAUAAUAUAUUUUUUGUGCUCCUGUUUUACCGUUACCUUUCAAAUGUUGUUUCUUUUCCUAGAAUGUUUGUUUAGAUUCAGAAUCCAAGUUUACAAAUGACACAGAUCACACAUUUGUUGUCUGUCAGAUCUAAGAGUAAGAGUUUUGGCACUGUGUAGUACAAUUCAAAAAAUCCUUGCAUCUUUUGGGGAUCCAGAACAAGAUAACAUAGCUUUGUAAUAGGAAUUUUCUUAGAAAUGUGAAAGAAUGCUGUGGUUUUAAAACAGAUGAAAACGAUGUAAGCUGUAGUCAAGUUUUGAUCUUUGUUAUUCACCUUUGUCUUUCUAACAUUUGGCAGUACC